UGGCGUAAGGUUUGCCGGAUGUGGAUCAGGGUCCUCUCCCGUCGAGGCAUUUUUGGCGUCGAGAGCGAGCACUUCUCCACGGUGUUUGCACUCCAAGAGCUCAUCGCAGCGGCCGCGCAGACUUACCAAUCGUAUCGAGCCAGCAACCUCCUGCCCCGAUCGGAGCUCAACACGGUCAUGGUUGCGCUGCUGAUUGCAAACUGCCGGACGACAGCGGGCAUUCAAGUUUUU